GGUCAGGCCUGGAUACAUCCAGCUCUUGGCAGAGUUUUAAAGGCUUGACAGUGGGUGUGUCUGCAAAGAGCCCGACACACACUGGAUAUUCGAGACCGAGGCAGACUCACAUCGGUGCGGCCAGCUGCCACUCUGGGUCACCAAGAACCUACUGACCCUCAUACCACCCACCUCUGUACCAACAGGAUGGAGCAGUGCCCCCACAAGAUCCUCCUCACCCUCACCUGCGCUGCUCUGUGGACGAUCUCCUCGGCAGGCGUCCAGCGCUUGACUCCCACCGUCUUGACGGAAGAUGGGUGGCUUUGGGGAAGGCAGAUGGAAGUGGAAGGAAGUCACAGACCAGUACACGGGUACUUGGGGAUCCCGUUCGCUGCACCUCCGGUCGGCCCGCUAAGAUUCGCUCCUCCCCAGAGACCACAGCCAUGGACAGGGAUUCGGAAUGCCACCAGCCAUCCUCCCAUGUGUCUGCAGAGGAUUCGGAGAACCCCGGUGCCCUUUGUCGUAGCAGCCAGCGAGGACUGUCUAUAUCUCAGUGUCUACACGCCCGCCUCUGCUGCUCAGCACAGGAGCCCUGUACCAGUCAUGGUUUUCAUCCAUGGAGGUGCCUUCAUUCUGGGAAAGAGUUCCUUAUUCUAUGGGUCGGCAUUGGCCAGCGUCGGGAACGUGGUGGUGGUGGUGGUCCAGUACCGGAUCAGCGUGGCCGGAUUCCUCAGCACGGGAGACGAGUGGGCCAGGGGUAACUUUGGCUUCCUGGACCAAGUGGCAGCUCUGCAGUGGGUGCAGAGGAACAUCGGGCAGUUUGGGGGCGACCCCCGGCAGGUCACACUGUUCGGAGAGUCUGUUGGCAGUCUCAGCGUCUCCCUGCACGCACUGUCUCCGCUCUCUGCCAACCUGUUCCACAAGGCCAUUUUACAGAGUGGGAGUGCACUGAUGCCAGGCGUGUUACCUCCGCUACCAACCCAGCUGGUACACGAAGCCGCUGAGAUCGCGGGCUGCAAUGACACCCAGUCCCAGGUCCUGCUACAGUGUCUCCGGAACAAGACUGAGGAUGAGAUGUUCCAAAUCACCAACCGUGUGAAUGAUCUCUACCAGUUAAUACCCAUUGUGGUGGAUGGAUAUUUCCUUCCUGAUGAUCCUCAAAAGAUGUUCCAGGAUGGAAAGUUCCGGAAGAUCCCGUAUCUCAUGGGGGUGACUACCGAGGAGGCAGUGAAGAGUCUCGUACACCCAGAGGUCAUCAUCAAACCUGACUGGGAGGCCGGAAUAACCAGGGAUGAAAUUCGGGAGAAAAUAACAACAUAUCUGCACCCACUGUUUGGAGCUGAGAAUGGAGAAAUGAUUUUUGACGAAUACUUCAAGGAUGUCUACAGCCCUGACCUUCUGAAAGAGCGUUACCUCGACUUAUUCGGUGAUGUGUUUAUCACCAUUCCAACCCUGAGAGCGGCUCAGUACUACAGAGAUGAUGGAAACCCUGUGUUUUUGUACGAAUUCCAGCAUCGUGCCAGCUUCUAUGAAACAAGAAUACCCCAGUUCACAAGGGCUGCUCACGGGGCUGAACUUUCGUUUGUCUUUGGAGGCCCCUUCAUCCGGGAUUUUGACGAACUGCUUGGCAACACGUCUGAGCAGGAGAGACAGCUGAGCAAGUCGGUGAUGUUGUAUUGGGCAGAGUUUGCACGCAGCGGGAACCCCAACUUGAAUAACCUUCCAGUCUGGCCAAUGAACAGUGACCAUGACGAAUACAUGCAACUCAACCUAACUCUGCAUGUGGGCUGCAGCUUGAAGACAGAUAAGCUCCAGUUCUGGUCCAACAAACCUGCAAGAAAAAUUGCAAAAAUAUUAAUCUAAUUGCAAAUUCAUUCCAAUUCAAUUCUGUGUCUGGUACAACCAAAAUCAUUCUACUUUCUAAUGGCAAACCCAACAGAGGGAGAUUACAGAUUCCAGUCAAGGACGUACACAAACACACACCCAUGCUUUUAUACCAACUCAAACUAGGAGAAGCUUUUAAUUUGUCAUUUUGUUUACAAAUCACCAAUUAGUUAGCUUAGGGUGGGAAUGCCAAUAAAAAAUAGAAUAGAGAUGAGGGUCCAAAUUGGAUGGGCUGCUAAAUGCUGAGAAAUUAGCUGGAAAAUGUGUAGAACAGAGUGGAAACAGCAAAAUUAGCCUCUGUUCCCAACAAAGCAUCUAUAUCAGUAGUGAAUAUAUUAAAAUAAAGUAUAACA